CGGCUCCGGCUUCAUCACACUCUGAGAGAGAGGCUGAGACGACAGGAAUCUCCCCCAGGAUGAAGCUGCUUUUCCUGACGGUGUGUGCCCUGUGGGUGUUGUGUGCCCUGGAUCAUGUGGACUCCUCCGCCUAUGACAAGAUAGUGGCACAUAGUCGCAUCCGGGCCAGGAAAGAGGGGCCCAACAUGUGCGCCCUGCAGCAGGUCAUGGGCACCAAGAAGAAGUACUUCAGCACCUGCCGCAACUGGUACAAGGGCGCCAUCUGUGGCAAGAAGGCGACGGUGGUGUACGAGUGCUGCCCUGGCUACAUGAAGCUGGACAACAUGCGUGGCUGCCCUGCAGUGGCCCCCAUAGAUCACGUUUACGGCACCCUGGGUCUGGUGAAGGCUAGCUCCACUCAGAACUACGCCGACAUCUCCAAACUGAGGCCUGAGAUCGAAGGACCCGGCUCGUUCACCUUCUUCGCCCCAAGCAACGACGCCUGGGACCUGCUGAAUGAGGACGUGAGGAAUAAUCUGGUGAGCAACGUGAACAUUGAGCUGUACAACGCCCUGCACUACCACAUGGCCAACAAACGCUACCUGACCAAAGACCUAAAGAACGGCAUGACCAUCACCUCCAUGUACCAGGACCUGAACCUCCACAUCAACCACUAUCCCAAUGGGGUUGUGACGGUGAACUGUGCCAGGAUCAUCCAUGGAAACCAGGUCUCCACAAAUGGAGUCGUGCAUGUCAUCGACAGAGUGAUCCAGGCCACAGGGAACACCAUCCAGUCCUUUGUGGAGGUGGACGAUGACCUUACCACUCUCAGCGAUAUCCUCCAGAACGCAGAUUUGAUGGAUAAACUGGGUGAGAAAGGGCAGUUCACACUCUUUGCUCCCACCAACGCCGCUUUCGACAAGAUCGGCAUCGAGACACUGGAACGUCUGCAGGACAACAAAGACGCUCUCCAGGCUCUGGUGAAGUACCACCUCCUGAACUCGGUGCAGUGCUCGGAGGCCAUCAUGUCCGGUACCUCCUACGAGACCAUGGAGGGCAGCAACAUCGACAUCGGCUGUGACGGAGACAGUCUCACCGUGAACGGAGUCAAGAUGGUCCUGAAGAAGGACAUCGUGACCAGCAAUGGCGUAAUCCACCUCGUCGACCAAGUGCUCAUGCCAGACUCGGCCAAGCAGGUGCUGGAGCUGGUGGGCGCGUCUCAGUCCACGUUUGGAGACAUGGUGACGGAGCUGGGCCUGGCUGCGGCCAUGAAAGCAGGGACCGAGUACACGCUGCUCGCCCCCUCCAACGUAGCCUUCACCGAUGAGGUGAUGUCCAUAGACCAGAGCGCGCUGAGGCUGAUCCUGGAGAACCACAUCCUGAAAAAUAAAUUCACCCUGGGCCAGCUGUACAACGGCCAGCGCCUGGAGACCCUCGGGGGCCUGUUGCUCCGUGUGUUCAUCUACCGCUCUGCCGUGUGCAUUGAGAACGCCUGUCUGAUCCGAGGCAGCAGAGAGGGAAGCAACGGCGCCCUCCAUUCCAUGAAAACUUUCCUGAAGCCUGCGGAAAGUUCCAUGUACGAGAUCCUGACCGAACACGGAGGGUUCAAGAUCUUCUUGUCUUUGAUGGAGGCCGCUGGUCUGACUGAUCUGCUCAAACAGGAGGGAGACUUCACCCUGUUCGCCCCCAGUGAUAAAGCCUUCGCCGGCCUGAGCAGCAGUGACUUGGCUCUGCUUAAGAAGGAUAUAAACGCCCUCAGAACCAUCCUCCUCUAUCACUUUAACAAUGGAGUCUUCAUCGGGGGAGGUCUGGAGAUGGGUGUGACCAAUCUGCUCAAGUCUCUCCAGGGCAGCAACCUCAGGGUCAUCGCAGCCAACAACAGCAUUUCAGUGAACACUGUGCCUGUGUCAGAGACCGACAUCAUGGCCACCAACGGAGCACUUCACUACAUCGACAAAGUCCUCUAUCCUGCAGAUAUGCCUGUUGGAAACCAGGAGCUCAUUUCUCUGCUGAGGCGUUUCAUCACGUACAUGCAGUUCAAGUUCAUUUCAGGUUUCAGGUAUCAGGAAAUCCCCCUCACAUUUUUGAAGAGGAUCAUCACUCGAGUUGAAACAGUUCCAGAUACGACAAAAGUGACGCGGGUGAUCAACAGGCCGCAGCCCUCCCUCACCAAGGUCACCCGGGUGAUUGAGGGUGACCCCAGCAUCACCAAGGUCACCAGGGUCAUCGAAGGUGAGCCCAGCCUCACCAAGGUCACCAGGGUCAUCGAAGGUGAGCCCAGCCUCACCAAGGUCACCAGGGUCAUCGAAGGUGAGCCCAGCCUCACCAAGGUCACCAGGGUCAUCGGGGGUGAACCCAGUCUCACCAAGGUCACCAGGGUCAUCGAAGGUGAGCCCAGCCUCACCAAGGUCACCAGGGUCAUCGAAGGCGAACCCACCUUCACAAAGGUCACCAGGGUGGUCUCAGGUCCACAGUACUCGUACAGCUCUGGAACCACCAAUGUUGAGCUGGAAAAUCUUUCUGCUAUCGACGGGACCGUGACCGCUGACACGCUCACCAAAAUUGUCCAAGGUGGUUCAAGGAGACCUCCCUCCAGAAAAGCUGGCAGAACUCGAGUCAGGAACUAACUACCAACAGAUGAGAGCGUUUGGAAGAGGAGGACCCUCAUAAAACCCAAUGGGAGCUUUGUACAGGGCUGUGUUUGAAAUGCCAGUGAUUUUUAAGUAAUUAGUGAUAAGAAUCAUUUUAUCCACAUAUGGUGCUAAGAAUGUAUAUUGAAAAUUGUACUGUGCAAUAGCCAAACAAAUGACUGUUUUGGCUUGUUUCAAAGGCAUACAGCGCACUCAGUAAAACUCUUCUGCUAGCCAUUAGCGCAGUCAUAAAAACAGAAUUCCGUUUGCGAGAUGGUAACUGUAAACCGAGGAUCUGGCUGCCUCUUAAAGAUCCUUGUGAAAUUUGUAUUGUAUAAAAAGCUUAGAAAGGAUUAGAAAGUGAUAUGUGGCUUAGGCGUUACAUGAGGUUAUUUUUUACUCUUUGUUUCUGUGGAAGAUUGUAAACUGCAGCAGGUUUUAAGUAUUUACCAAAUAAAGUCCAUUUUCUGGUCUAGUUUUACACGAGUUUCGACUGCUUCUGGAGCGUGUUGAGUCGUGUUGGGGCAGAACGCCUUUGUACUGGUGAAAUAAAAAGGUUGGGGCCUGUCUCCUGUCUGUGA